AUGAAGGAACAAAGGGGAAUACCUACUUCAGAGCUAAGUAUGAGUGCUAUAUUAAAACAGGCAGCAAAUAUAUACACGAUAACACUUUUCCGUGAUUUUGAAGAAGAGUUCAAGCUUUCUGUGGCAAGUAGUGCAAAGUUCAAGGGAAAUGUUGGAAGAACAGUGUUUUUUAAGGUGUGGAUAGAAGGAAUAACAGGAUCAAGGCAAGAAGUUCAAUUCAAAAUGGAAGAUUCAACCGUCACUUGCACAUGCAAAAACUUUGAAGAAUCUGGAUGGUUGUGCUUCCAUUGUUUGAGAAUAUUGCAUUUACAUUCAAUCAAUACAAUUCCAGAUCGUUACAUAACAACAAGAUGGACUAGAUAUGCAAAGAAACAGAUAUGGGAAAGGGUUGAUACGAUAAAAAGGGAGAAAGGGAAAAUCAACAAUUUUACUGGUUGGAGAUUACAUAUGAUCAGAAGAUACUAUAACUUAAUUUUGAAAGGGCAUAAGAUAGCAAAGGCCAGAAAAUUUAUCGAGGAGAAGUUUAAAACGGAUAAUAAAGCAGUUGAUGAAAUCAUAAAAAAGGAAGAAGAAAGGAAGGCAAAAGAAGAAGCUGCAAAGAUAGCAGAACAAGAAAAGGCAAAAGCUGAAGCACACCGAGAAACACAAGACGGGGAAUCAACUAAUUCUGAAAUAACAAUUGUGCUUGAUCCUGAUCGUGCUAAUACUAAAGGAAAGAGUAAGAAGAGAAUAAAGGGUCAAUAUGACAAUUACAAACAGCCAUCAAAGAAAGGAAAAAAGAAACACAAAGAAUUUGGAUCCAAGACACCAAAUAUUCAAUUAUUUACACCUAAAGAACAACUACUUUAG